CAAGUGCACGAAAGAAAGUAAGUUGGCAGCUCGGGUUCUAAAAUAUAAACAACUUCUGUGCCUCACGUGUUGAACUUUUAAGAAAGCAAAAUAAAAGUACUUUUAUCUGUUCUAAUAUAUCUAACUGAUUACCAAGCGAUAUGUCGGAACCAGAACCAGAUGCCCAGCCCAACAUACUAAUAACCGGAACUCCUGGAGCGGGGAAAUCGUAUUUAUGCGAACGUAUAGCCUCCGAACUUAAGUUUGAGUGGCUGGACUGCUCGAAAAUCGCGAAGGAGAACAAUUUUGUAGAGGAAUAUGACGAGGAGUACGAUUGUCCGAUUCUGGAUGAAGAAAAACUGAUGGAUCACUUGGAGCCCCUGAUGGCCAAGGGCGGCAACGUCGUCGAAUAUCAUGGCUGUGAUUUCUUUCCGGAGCGCUGGUUUCAAGCCGUCUUCGUGGUCACCUGUCCCAAUACAACGCUCUACGAUCGUCUGAAGGAGCGCAACUACAACGAAAAGAAACUGACAUCCAAUAUUCAGUGCGAAAUCUUUGGAACCAUUUUGGAAGAGGCCCGCGAUUCCUACAAAUCAGAUAUAGUAUUCGAACUGAAGGGCGAGACAAAGGCAGAUGCCCAUACAAGCUUGAAAACUGUCAAAAACUGGUAUCGUAUGUGGAAAAGAAAAUAAACGGGCGAUUGGUAGUUUGUUAUAA